AUCCCGGCAAGUGUAACAUGAUGCAGAUGACGCGCAUGAACCUUCGCCAUGGCGCGGCGUCUCUGCUAGCAUUGUGGUGCACCACCAACCAGUUCCGCGUAGGGCACUCUAACAGUGCCGUCAGUUGUCCCUCGGAGACGCUCUCUUGUCUUGCGGACGACGACUGCAGCUCCUGCCUGACCGCCCUGGAUGAGACGAGCGACACCAUUAACCCAGUUUUCGCAGACUGCAACGUUCUGUUCGCGUCCGUUUGCACAUUUGCUGCGAACAACGGCUGCGACCUGACCAACCCCCUCCUCGAGGAUUUCGCGGCAUGCGUUGCGGACGAAGAGUUUAGUUGCCCGGGCUUCGUUUCGUGCGCCGAUGCCAACAGUGCCGCGGGCACGGCUUCCCCCGCCCCUGCUGUUGCAACUACCGCACCCACUGCUGUUGCAACGCCCGCACCUGCUGCUGUAGCCUCCGCGUCGCCUACUGGUAGCACCGAAGACGUCGGUGUGACAUCCUCGCCGUCUGGGUCGGACGCUGGUGCCGAAGCGGAGACUGUCUCUGGCGGGGUUUCUCACACUGUUGCUGAAUCAAUGAAAACCACGCUAGCCGUGGUGUGUGGACUUGCAAUCCUCUUGUCUGCGUAAGUGGACUGGUUGUUCUUGCGUCUGGAGAUUUCGCGUGUUGCAGCGAAGGGGGUUUGUUUGGUUCGCUUUGCGGGGUGUUUGUUCGCCUUGAGCGAUCUACGCCGUCCGUGUUCACCGCAACCGCUGUGCAAGUUAUCCCGACCUUGAAAUUUCUUACGGGACUCGCGCCGCGUUGGCAACAUUAUUGUGUUUGUUGAAGGGGUGUCGGGAAGCUGUGUUUGCACCGGAUGUUUGGGUGCGUAUGGGACGGGUAGUAAUCGUUGCUGAGUUGUAGGUGUGAAGGGGUUGUUGUGUUGGACAAUUCUUGAGCAACAAGUUACUGAGUUGUUGGUGUGAAGGAGUUGUUGUUUGGACAAUUUUGGGUAGAGUCGGAACUGUUGUCAUGGAAGGGCGGCAU